AGUAUCGGGACAAUAUUUCUGCUACUUGGAUUAUGGAAAAUGUACGAAGUAGUGAAAAGAAGAAGAAACAUCUUGCUGAAGCAGAAAUAUUUCAAAAGGAACGGAGGUUUGUUACUGCAACAACAUUUGUCUAGCAAUACAAGUUAUUUUGAAAGAAUAAAAAUGUUUACUUCAAAGGAGAUAGAAAAAGCCACGGAUUACUAUAAUGAGAAUCGAAUCCUUGGUCAAGGAGGCCAAGGAACUGUUUACAAAGGAAUGUUAACGGAUGGAAGCAUUGUGGCUGUUAAGAAGUCUAAAAUGGAAAAAGGAAAGAAAUUUGGUGAAAAGAAGGUGGAACAGUUCAUCAAUGAGGUGAUCAUUUUAUCUCAAAUUAAUCAUAGGAAUGUGGUUAAGCUUUUAGGAUGUUGUUUAGAGGCUGAAACUCCUUUGUUGGUUUAUGAGUUCAUUCCAAAUGGAACACUUUAUGAUCUCAUUCAUGGUCAAAAUGAAGAACUUCCAUUGACAUGGGAAAUGCGUUUACGGAUUGCAACUGAAAUUGCCAAUGCUUUGUUCUAUUUGCAUUCGGCUGCAUCUGUUUCUAUUUAUCAUCGAGAUGUUAAAUCAAGCAACAUACUUUUGGAUGAUAAAUACAAGGCAAAAGUGUCGAACUUUGGAACUUCGAGAUCAAUUGCACUUGAACAAACUCAUUUAACAACUCGAGUUCAAGGAACAUUUGGUUACAUGGAUCCGGAGUACUUUCGGUCAAAUCAAUUUACAGAGAAGAGUGAUGUUUAUAGUUUUGGGGUUGUCCUUGUUGAGCUUUUAACUGGAGAAAAACCGAUCUCCUCAAAACAGUCUGAUGAAGAGAGAAGCUUGGUAUCUCUUUUUCUUCUAUCAAUGCAAGAGAAUUCGUUAUCUGAUAUUCUCGACUCAAAGGUAGCAAAUGAUGGCCCAGAAAAAGAGAUUAUAGCAGUGGCUAAAUUAGCAAAAAGAUGCUUGAACCUUAAUGGAAAGAAAAGACCUACCAUGAAACAAGUAGCAAUGGAGUUAGAGUUGAUUAAAGCAUCAGAAGAAGGUAAUGCUAUUGAAGAAAGUGGUGAUGAAGAAUCUGAAAUUGAUGACAUGAUUGAAUCUUGGGACAUCAAUCCUUCUUGUUCAAUAUCUAGGUCAGUUACAACCGACAGUGUAAUUUUGCCAUUAAAUGAAUCAAUUUAGUUUCCAACACUUUAGAAAUGUUUUUACUUUGUUCUGUACUCUCUAUGUAAUAUAUCUUCACGUUUGGUUCAAAUCACUCUUUUGUUCUUUAUGUUGU